UGAUACUUGCUGAUACUUUCCAUAAAUAGAAGCAAACUAUUUCCGCAACUAUUUAGAGGCGAAUGAACUGAAAAGUUUAAAGCCUCUUUAAUCCAACAUCAUCAUCAUCAUAUGAAGUUUCUUGGAGAAACUAGUUAUUUGCUAUUCAAAUGGAGUUUAUGAACUCAGAACACAUUUGUCGCUGUUGCUUAACAAAUGCAGGGAAGUUCUCACCGUUGUUCGAAAUCUACAAUGAUUAUUAUCUACCCAAAGUGAUCAACGUCUGCACCGGACUAUCAAUAAUCCAAUCCGAUGGCCUCCCGGACAUAUUGUGUGAGAUAUGUCUCGUAAAGCUUAUCACGGCUUAUGAAACGCGUCGACUGUUCAUCCGUUCCAAUGAUCAACUCAAGGAGCGGCUCAGCAAGUUGAAACAAUCGGAACAGGAGAUCAUAACCGAAUUAAAUUCGACGGUUGCCAAAUGUGUAACAGCUCCUGCUGUGGAUAGUAGUCUUUUGAUCUCGGUUGAAAACAUCCUAGAUGAGGGCCCCAUAACUACUUGGGACAGUGAGUUAAACAUCCACAUCAAACAGUUUCAGGAUAGUGCCAGUGAAAUGACUGCCAACAUUGAGAAUUGCUUGGACGAAUUGGUCAACGAGAAGUACGAGAAACUGGAAAAGGAUGGUUAUAGUUUCCCAAUAAAUGCUGCCGUUGAUUUACCCCACGAAAGCAAUACUGGAGUGCUCGAAGCGUAUGUCGAUGAGUCAAAAUUUUCGAAUACAAUACUUGAAGAGCAAGAUGACAUGACGGACUUCCCUCCAUUCUCUGAUUACAGCGAAAGUUCAGACGAUACUGAAGGACAAGACGAGGAAGUUCAGAGUGUUGUUAAUCGGGUAGAAGAAACCCCUCAGAAAUGUCACAUUUGCGGAAAAAUGUAUAGGAAUUCACGUUUGCUUCAGAGACACAUACAAUAUCAUAACACCAACAAAAUGGAUUGCCCGAUUUGUUCGAGAAGUUUUACUCAUAAGAGCAACCUCAAGCGACAUUUAAGUUCACAUAAACCUUCGGGGGAUGGGUUUCCCUGCCCGAAAUGUAGUCGAAUGUUUGAAGAAGGGACCCAACUUUAUGAUCACUUGAAAUUGCAUAAAAAUUCUUCGGAAAGCUCUAGAUCCUAUACACUACACUGUGAUCGCUGCGAGUUGGAAACAACGUCCUUGGCUGGCUUUGUAGCACAUAUGGCCCGAGAUCAUGGUAUUCCAAAGGAACAAGUGAAGGCAUUCCGUUGCCACAUAUGUACGCUACGUUUUGUAUCCAAACAGGGAAUGCUUCGACACAUCCAGAGCGUACACGAAAAUCAAAAACCAGUUCAGGGCAAUAACUCGAAAAAGUUUCUCUGUACCGAAUGUGGCAAGUGUUUCCAACGAUUGCGACACCUCGAGGAGCAUGCUAAUUCACACGCAGGAAUACGACCUUUCGUGUGCGAAUGUGGACUUUCGUUCACCCAACAGUCCGGACUAAAUUUGCACAUACGCGCAAAGCAUAAAAAUCAGAAGUCGUACAUAUGCAAAAUCUGUCGGAAAUCGUUCUCACAGGCAACACACCUGAAGCACCAUGAAUUAAUUCAUAGCAACCGGAAGGAGCACGAGUGCACUGUGUGCAAGCAUCGAUUCCGUGUUAAGAGCAAUUUAGUAGCUCAUAUGCGAAUUCAUCGAAAGCAUCCCUACUGCUGCAGUGAAUGCGGUCGAGAGUUUACACAGAGUGCUUCCCUAGAGCAACACAUGGCCACAGAUCACGAGCGAUGCUAGUCAAUAGGUUAAAUAUGUAUAAUUUGUAUCGAUAACUCGUUCUAUCUUUGUAAUGAUCCAGAGAAAUAAUU